AUGGUUUCUGGUGGAGAGAACACGCGGCGGAGAACUUCCCACGACUCAACGCAAUCACAUCUACGCGAGGUCCAAGAACGCCCAAGGGAACCACAGAUUGUCGAAGGAAAUGAAGCCACAGUUACUUCUGCGAGCAAUUCCUGGCAUGGAUCUCAAUCUAGCCAUUCUGAAGAGAUAGGCUCCCCUCCGCCUAUUCCGUACUCCACGUCUCACACCGAGAGGACACCGGUUAGAUCGUUUUAUCAUCGGACUUUCCAAGGGCCUCUAGAUGCGGCCCAAUACUCGUCCCGUGGGGUCCGAGAAGACACUGCAGAAUUGGCAUCCCUGGCGUUAUUUGAUGGAGAAUCAGGUCGUCACGGUUCUUCUCUCUCGGAUCCGCAGAUGAGCGUACCUAAUCGGUCAGGAAUUUUCAUUGAUGGCCAACGUAAUAUAGACCAGUCUCGGGACGUCCAGAGCCAGGGCCCAGGACAGAUUCCAGAACCAUCAGAACCGCAUUUCCAAAGAAAAUAUUCUCAUCCCCUUCCAAAAUGCGGCACUUUAUCUCUUAAAAAGAUGAUCCGGAGUUCCAUACCAAGUGAUGAUGGCAGUGAUUCCAACGAAGAACUCAUUCCGGAAGACUAUACUCACCCAAAUCUCAUCAUUUCUCGUGGCUCAAAAGUGCAAGACACAGAACGAACAUCCCUAAUUCAAAGGGCAUUUCGGACAAGGAAUCAGAGUUAUGGCACGUCUUCAGUUGAUGUUGAGAAUCAAACCACUAGAACCGGGUCUUUCAGUAAAUUCCGCGCCAUAUGCACAAAGGGACGCAAUUUAUGCAGCCAUCGUUGCAACCGCAAGGUCUGUGAUAGGCGGACAAUCUGGCGAAAGGGAAUAGUUUAUCCCACGAGCCUUCUUCCUUCCGUCUUUCUGGGCCUUCUACUCAAUAUACUAGAUGCCCUUUCGUACGGGAUGAUUCUUUUCCCUCUGGGCGAGCCGGUGUUCGCACGCCUGGCCCCCGACGGUACCUCCAUGUUUUAUGUUAGUACGAUUGUUGCUCAGCUCGUGUACUCAUGCGGAGGCUCAAUUUUCAGAGGAGGUGUUGGGUCUGAAAUGAUCGAAGUGGUUCCAUUCUUCCAUAAAAUGGCUUUUAUGAUCCUCAACAGGGUAGGAGAGCAGAACGAAAAAGCGGUGCUCGCUACCACCAUACUAUCUUUUGCUAUCAGCUCCGUCCUGACCGGCUCUGUCUUCUUCAUUAUGGGAGCAUUCAAGCUGGGUUUGCUGACAGGGUUCUUUCCUCGUCACAUAUUAAUCGGAUGCAUUGGCGGUGUUGGCUGGUUUCUUCUUGCUACUGGUGUUGAGGUAUCUGCCCGUUUAUCUGGGAAUCUCGAAUAUAACUUGGACACUCUACACAAACUUGUUCAACUCGACACAAUUUUCCUCUGGACCCUACCUCUGGUCAUUGCUAUUGGCUUGCUUGUGAUCAAACGAUUCGUCAAAUCAAAUUUCCUUGUUGGCGGCUAUUUCAUUUCCGUUGGCUUUAUAUUCUACAUUUUGAAGUUCGCUUUGCAUAUCCCACUGGAGACUUUAAGGAAUCGGGGCUGGGUUUUUGAGGCUCCAUCCUCAUCAGUGCCUUGGUAUCACUUUUAUACGUUAUAUGAUUUCUCCGUUGUCGAUUGGCCGGCGCUUGCCGAGACGAUUCCCGCAAUGUUCGCACUGACAUUUUUCGGUGUCCUGCAUGUGCCUAUCAACGUCCCUGCUCUGGGCAUCUCAACUGGCGAAGACAACUUGAACGUCGACAGAGAACUCCUGGCACAUGGCGUUUCAAAUGCCUUGUCAGGUUUUCUUGGUGGUAUUCAGAAUUACCUUGUAUACACAAAUAGUUUACUCUUCAUUGGCAGUGGAGGCAACAGUCGUUUGGCAGGGAUUAUGCUAACGUGUGCCACUUUUGGCAUCAUGCUGGUGGGCCCUGGUAUAAUUGGUUAUUUCCCAAUAAUGGUCGUUGGUGCCCUUAUCUACAUGCUUGGUAUAGAACUUCUGGAAGAAGCUCUUGUGGACACAUGGGGAAAACUACACGAAUUGGAAUAUAUUACAGUGGUGAUCAUUGUCGUGACUAUGGGGGCGUGGGACUUUGUGACUGGAAUUAUUAUUGGUAUAAUACUUGCCUGUGUAAAUUUCGUUGUUCAAACUGCCCAGACGUCCGCGGCCACUGCCACCUACUCUGGUCAAGUGGCAUUUUCUACAGUGAGGCGCCAUCCUCUGCAAGUCAAGUUCCUUAAAGAAGCUGGCAAACAGACAUACGUCAUUAAACUAGCCGGUUUUCUCUUUUUCGGUACAAUCGCCAGCGUGGAGAAACAAAUACGGGGAUUGAUCGAGGAGAAGAGGUUCAAAGACCAGCCUAUACGUUUCCUCAUCCUUGACUUUGCACACGUGAAGGGAUUAGAUUUCUCCGCCGCAGAGGCAUUCACCCGGUUAAACAGGAUCCUUUGGAAACGGAGGGUUCACAUGAUUAUCAGCAGUCUUGAUGUGAAUGGUGAUGUUGGGAAAAGCUUGCAUAAUGUUGGGCUUUUUAGCAAGGAGAAUUGGGUGGAAAUAUUCGAGAACCUGAACUCUGCUCUUGAGUACUGUGAGAACGAACUCCUGAAGGUCCUAUAUCAGCGCAAAGACGCUAUGGCGGGAGACGAUGAUCACACCCCGGCUCUUUCUUUGGAAGUACCCAAGAAUCGGCUUCAAACAAUUGCGGACACAUUUCUCAACUCCCCUCGAGGUGAUUAUCUUCACCAAGUAGCAACGACAGCCCUUUGCGAAGAGCAAGCGGACCGACUUUCCAACAACGCCAUGCCCCAAAAAUGGUCUACAUUUCAACAACCCCUCCCGCUUCUACUGCAAACCUUCCAGGGAUUAACACAAGAAAAUGAAGAUUUCUGGUUUCCCGCCUGCAGCUACUUUGUCAUGGAAGUGUUUGAUGUUGACUCGAUUCUCUAUCGUGAUGGUGAAGAAGCUCAAAACUUCUAUCUUCUUGAAUCCGGGAUGCUACGGGCCGAGAAUCAGACGCCGCAGGGCAGCUAUUUCGAGCUUAUCGUCGCUGGGAGACCAUGCGGCGAACUGCAUUUUUUUGGAGAGACUAAGCGUACGGCCACUGUCAAGGCGGAACGGCACAGUGUCGUGUGGCGUCUUGGAAUCGAGGAGUGGAAGGAAUUAAGAAGGAAAGAGCCGAUGUUGGCACAGGAGCUGAUGAGAGUAUGUUUCAAGUUGACGGCAGAAAGGAUGGAAAGCAUUACUUCGUAA